AAGUAUGUCCUUUCUAUAUAUUCUCCCUCCUCCUCUGACUACAGAAUAUGUGUACAUCCCCUCAAAGAAAAAGAAUCCGAAACCUUUCUCUUCCAGCUUAUAAGGAGCGAGUUUAGCAUUCUCUUUCCCAUGUCAUCUCAGUCUUUUUGUUUUUUGACUUAAUAAAUUAGUUAUCAGUGAUGGGUUCAUGGACAACAAAGCAAAACAAGAGAUUUGAGGAGGCGUUGGCAUUAUAUGACAGGGAUACUCCGGAUCGCUGGCAUAACAUUGCGAGGAGUGUAGGAGGGAAAUCAGCAGAGGAAGUGAGGAGACACUAUGAGCUGCUUCUCAAGGAUAUUAUGCAAAUAGAAAAUGACCAAGUACCUUUGCCCAAAUACAAGCCUGCUCAAACCAAUGUCAGAGCUUAUGCUAAUGAACAGAGGUACUGAAAAAUCUCUGUCCCUAAGGCUAAACAUGAUUUCCUCAUUGAAUUAAAUCAGACACCUAUAGUCUAAGGAAAGACAUAACUGUCAACUUCACGUAUAUGCUUAUACGUAUUUGAU